UAAACAAAGAGGUUAUUAAGGGCGAGUUUUGGAGGUGUGGCUGGUAGUUUCAACGCUGCCGUCUCCGUUUCCCUCCUCUCCUUCGCUGUUGUGCUUUGGGGAGGAGCGGCGACAACAAGAGGCGGCGGCAGUGGCGGUGGCGGGGCCAUCGAUGGCGUUCCAUAACAAUCUCGCGCACGAGCUCGCGAUGCCGCAGUACGCGGAGCAGCAGCUGGCGGCCGGCGGUCCGGCGAUGCUAAGGACCGCCAUGGGUCAGCUCGGCACAGGUCGACCUUCGGCGGCCGGUGCAUCGGAGGAGGCAGAAGACGAAACCGAGGACGGAAAGGACUUCGACCGCCUUAUGGAGAACGCCGGGAAGCCGGCCUUAGCCGGCGGGAGCGGACCGACUUGGCUUAAUAGCGCAAUUCUCCAGCAGCACGGGCAUGGGCACUACGGGGACGGAAGCUUCCUGCAUCUCCAGACCGCGCCUAACGCGUCUGCUUCUCCAGGAGGGCGCGGAGUGGGCGAUGGGCAAUGGUUCCCCAGGCCGUCGAUCCUGCGAGGCGGUGGGGGAGAGGAGGAGGAAGUCCCGGUGUCGAGCGACUCCAUCGUGGCCGCGGCGAUAUCAUCGGGCGGCGGGGAAGGGAGCGCCGUGCGGGAGCUCGGAGAGGCGGAUGUGCUGCCUCAGGGAGGCAGCGGCGGUGCCGCCUCGGAGGGGACAUGGCAGAACGCGAGGUACAAGGCGGAGAUACUGACCCACCCCUUGUACGAGCAGCUUCUGUCGGCGCACGUGGCUUGCCUGAGGAUCGCUACGCCGGUGGACCAGCUGCCGAGGAUCGAUGCCCAGCUCGCGCAGUCGCAGCAGGUGGUGUCCAAGUACUCGGCGCUUAGUGGCGGCCAGAUGAUGGGCGACGACAGGGAGCUUGAUCAAUUUAUGACACAUUAUGUCUUGCUACUGAGUUCCUUCAAAGAACAACUACAACAGCAUGUCCGCAUUCAUGCUAUGGAGGCAGUGAUGGCUUGUUGGGAGCUUGAACAAUCACUUCAAAGCCUUACAGGUGUCUCACCUGGUGAAGGCACAGGAGCAACUAUGUCUGAUGAUGAAGAUGACCAAGAAGACAGUGAUACAAACUUGUUUGAUGGGAGUCUAGAUGGACAGGACAGCAUGGGAUUUGGCCCUCUUGUUCCAACAGAGACCGAACGAUCCUUGAUGGAACGCGUUAGGCAAGAGUUGAAGCAUGAGCUGAAACAGGGCUACAAGGACAAGAUUUUAGACAUUAGAGAAGAAAUUCUCCGAAAGAGAAGAGCCGGGAAACUUCCUGGGGAUAGCACUUCCACCCUGAAGGCUUGGUGGCAAUCACACUCCAAGUGGCCUUAUCCAACGGAGGACGACAAGACACGAUUGGUGCAAGAAACAGGGUUGCAGUUAAAGCAGAUCAACAACUGGUUCAUCAACCAAAGGAAAAGGAAUUGGCACAGCAAUCCAUCAUCGUCAAGCUCUGUGAAAAGCAAGCGGAAGAGGUGACGACAAUGUUUGCUGAUUCAUAGAACACAAUUAGCCAGUGAAAGAAGGACAUGACGGCAAAAACAAUACUCAUAUACAAUGAUGAGAAUUUUGCUGGAAAAAAAAAUUCUUCCUAGUAGUAAACUGUAUUAUAUUAUAUAUAAGGGAAGCCAAUUAUAGAACUAGAGGAAUGGGUGUUGGUUUCAGGCUUGAUAUAGAUAUCAUGUUCUUGAUUUGGAGUUUGAAUCAUUAAGUAGCUUUUACAUUGAUAUAGAUAUAUCAUGCUUGCUAGAGAGAUUGUGUGAAGUGUCUUUCUUUUUUGAUUUUUGUAUACUUUGAACAUGAAGUGUUAGCCUUGAUUUUUGUUUUGCAUAUACAUUGAGAACUCGUUGGCAAGAAACACUUGUGAAUGUACAGUUUAAUAAAGGGCUGCAAUGUUUCUUUUUCUUGCUA